AUGAAUGAGGCAGAUCGAGAAGUAGUGCGCGCUGAGCAUGAUGCUUCCCCAGAACAAUUUUCCAUCGAAUCACCAAUUCAUUCCCCUGUACCUCGCCAUCCCUCCCACGAAAUUGAACGUAUCCCAACCGCAUCCUCUAUCUCGACCACUUCAUCCGAUGCCUCCUCACGUCGUCCCACAAUUUCUCGAGCUCCUACUCAACGAGAUUUAGAAAGUCAUCCAACUGUGAUAUCUCGGAUUCAAACUGCACGUUCGCAACAUUCAGGGACGGUAGGAAGAAGUGUUUCUAGGAAGAGUAGUAAGAUUGGAAGGAUAUUCAGUACGAAAGAGAAACCAUUACCUUUAAUGGGAUUAGGAAAGGAAUAUCCGCCUGCAUUACCUGCUCGAGAUGAGUACGUAGUAGAGUUUGAUGGUCCGGAUGAUCCAUUGCAUGCGGUUAAUUGGCCGAUGAGGAAGAAAAUCCUCACAGCAGUAAUGUUAGGAUAUACAACAUUAGUAUCAGCAUUUACAUCGAGUAUUUUUGGUGCAGCUCCUUUAGCAGUUGUUGCUGCAGUUUUUUCGGAUAUGUUCGAUAAUAAAACGAGAGGACUUGCUAUUACUGUCUUUUCGAUGACUGUAUUUACCGGUCCACUUCUCGCCCCUUUUAUUGGUGGAUUCAUAGUAGAGUCUCAUCUUGGAUGGCGUUGGACUGAAUGGUUAGCUGCUAUAAUGGGUUUCACAGCAUUCAUCUUGGAUUUCUUCUUCCUUUCCGAAACGUAUCCACCAGUUAUCUUGAUCGAAAAAGCAGCAGAACUUAGAAGAAGAACGAAGAAUUGGGGAAUUCACGCUAAACAAGAAGAAAUCGAGAUUGAUUUCCGUGAAUUAGUUACUAAGAAUUUCUCUCGUCCUUUGAGACUUUUAGCUACGGAACCUAUCGUUCUUCUUAUUUCCAUCUACAUGGCAUUUAUCUACGGUCUCCUUUACCUCUUCCUCACAGCUUAUCCAAUCGUCUUUCAACAAAUCCAUGGUUUUACUGGUGGUGUAGGUGGUCUUCCAUACUUUGGUAUGAUCAUCGGAAUGAUAAUCGCCGGUAUUUACGUCGCUUCAACUCAACCAUCAUAUAAUCGAAAACUUGCAGCAAACAACGGUAUUCCAAUUCCAGAAUGGCGUCUUCCACCUGUGAUCGCAGGAGGUGUAAGUUUCGCAGCAGGGCUCUUUUGGUUCGGUUGGUCAGGUUAUAAAGCUGAUAUUCAUUGGAUUGUUCCUACACUUUCUGGUCUUUUAACAGGUUUUGGACUUUUGGCAAUUUUUCUUCAAAGUCUUAAUUAUCUUGUCGAUGCAUAUCUUAUGUUUGCUGCUUCAGCUAUUGCAGCAAAUACAUUCUUGAGAUCAUUGGCAGGAGCUGGAUUUCCUCUGUUCUCACAAUAUAUGUUUAAGGCUUUGGGAAUUAAUUGGGCUGGUACAUUAUUGGGUUGUGUAGCGUUGGUAUUAGUACCGAUACCUGUUUGUUUUUAUAUUUAUGGGGAGAGGAUUAGGAGAAAGAGUAAAUUUGCACCGGUUUUUCCGGUACAGCAAAGACCAAGGGAUGAAGAGGAGGCAGGGAGUGGGAGUGUGAGUGGAAAUGGGGAGGUUGAUAGAGAUGUUAAUGGAAGGGAGAAGGGUGAGGAGGUUAGGAUUUGA